AUGGGAAAGUUGAAAGGGAAAGGGCCUAUUCGUUGCCUCUGUGGCGUCAGAGAGCUGCGAACACCGGGCGGACUUGAGCGGCGGCUUCCCCGCACCCGCCCUGGACCCUUCCGCGCUGCAGAGCUGCCCGAGUCGGGGGCCCCGGACCCCAGGGCUGAGGAGGUGGGCGAGGAGCGGACAGCAGGGGGAAAGCACAUCUCUUCCCACUUUGCUGACUCCCCGACUCAACCAGGACUUUCCAAAAGUUGCCGCGGGGCUUUCCGAUCCCCUCGGCCAUCUCCCAAGUCUGACCAGGCUAAUGGAGCCAGCAAGGAUUCUCUGCACCUUGACAUUCAGAAGCUGAAGGAGAAGAAGGACAUGCUGGACAAGGAAAUCUCCCAAUUAAUAUCUGAAGGCUACAGUGUAGAUGAACUGGAGGACCACAUCUCCCAGCUCCACGAGUAUAAUGACAUCAAGGAUGUAGGCCAGAUGCUGCUAGGCAAACUAGCCAUGAUCCGAGGUGUCACCACCAAAGAGUUGUAUCCAGAAUUUGACCUGAACAUGAAUGACUGAGCUCACAGCCCCUUGUCCACAGCCCACUAGGACAGGCCGAUGUGGACAUGAGAAGCAGUGAAAGCCCAACCAGAGCACCUGCAGGCAUUCCAGUGAGAAAGUGUCAGAAGCCCUUUUCUAGAGAGCCCAAGCCGAGUCAGGAGGGAGCCCAGAGAAGAAGGGGGGCAGGAAGGAAGGGGUGUUCCCAGCUCUGAGGUUCCUGAAAUGUUCCAGUGAUACCUGUGUAUGUGUAUAUGUAUCCUGUUGGUAAAUAAACAUAUGAGCGAUUUUGG